AAGUUCUUUUUUCACAUUUCUCGUGAUCUAUCCCAUGUUUGAGGAACCAUAAAAAUGCACGUAAAAAACAAAACAAAAAGCUUAUUAUAGCAGGCAAUAAAGAAUAGUAUUUCGUCCAUUUAUCGCUAACUACAGAAGGGGGCAAAAUGAAUGUAGGAUCAAAUUCUGUAGGAAACCAUCUAGUUGACAUUCAUGAAGUCUUGCAUGAAGAGGAAGAAGAUAAGGAAGAAAACAACAACACUUCUAAUAUGGCUGAUAAAUCAGACAAGCGAUUCAACAGGCCUACGAAAAAUAGAGAAAUAAAAAGUGCUCCUAGGAAUUUCAGCAGGCAAGUGUCACUAGAAACAGGCUUCUCUGUACUCAAUGGAGAGACUUCUAAAGAUAAAAAUGAGAGAAAAGUACUUGGAAGAAGUGGGAAGAGUUUUGGAGGAUUUGGUGUUAAUGGAACUGGUAUUGAAGCAAGAAAUAAAGGAGAUUUCAGCAUGUUUAGGACUAAAUCUACUCUUGUUAGGCAAUCAUCAAAGAUACCACUUAGAAAAGAGAGUGGAAUUGAUCUUCAGAACAAUAAUGUUAAAGGAGGAAUUGAUGAAAAUGUCAAUAAGAGUGUACCUGCUGGAAGAUACUUUGAUGCCCUUAGAGGACCUGAACUUGAUCAAGUCAAGGAUUCUGAGGAUAUUCUUCUUCCGAAAGAUGAAAAAUGGCCUUUCCUGCUCAGGUUCCCUAUUGGUUGCUUUGGUAUCUGCUUAGGUCUUAGCAGUCAAGCCAUCCUCUGGCGUUCUCUUGCUCUAAGUCCUGCCACCAAAUUCCUCCAUGUUCCACUUUUCAUUAACUUGGUGAUUUGGCUGUUAGGCGUGGGGAUUCUAGUUGCAGUUUUCAUAACCUACAUGUUCAAAUGUGCACUUUACUUUGAAGCUAUAAAGAGAGAAUACUCUCAUCCGGUGAGGGUCAACUUCUUUUUUGCUCCAUGGAUUGUCUGCAUGUUUUUAGCCAUAGGUACACCGCCUAAAACAGCCCCAGAAACUCUUCACCCAGCCAUCUGGUGUGUAUUCAUAGCCCCUAUCUUCUUCCUCAAUCUCAAAAUCUAUGGCCAAUGGCUUUCGGGAGGGAAAAGGCGUCUUAGUAAAGUAGCCAACCCAUCUUCUCACCUUUCUGUAAUUGGGAAUUUCGUGGGAGCCAUUUUGGCUGCUAAAGUGGGAUGGAAGGAGCCUGGCAAGUUCUUGUGGGCUAUUGGCUUUGCACAUUACCUUGUGGUGUUUGUCACAUUAUAUCAGAGGUUGCCAACAAGUGAAGCGUUGCCUAAGGAACUGCACCCUGUUUAUUCCAUGUUCAUUGCAACUCCAGCUGCAGCUAGCAUUGCUUGGGGUGCUAUCUAUGAUGAAUUUGAUGGCUUGGCAAGGACAUGCUACUUCAUUUCAUUAUUUCUCUACUUGUCGUUGGUUGUACGUCCCAACUUCUUCACAGGAUUCAGAUUUUCAGUUGCAUGGUGGUCAUAUACUUUUCCAAUGACCACAGUUUCAAUAGCAACCAUAAAGUAUGCAGAGGAGGUCCCUUCUUUCAUAACCAAGGCGUUGGCCUUGGCCCUUUCGUUCAUGUCGACAACAAUGGUCUGCAUAUUAUUUGUCUCCACUCUUCUACAUGCUUUUGUGUGGCAGACCUUGUUCCCCAAUGAUCUUGCCAUUGCCAUAACAAAGAAGAGAUACAACAAAGAUAAGAAGCCUUUGAUGAAACGUUGGACAAAACAGUCCCCUCUUUCAUUUGUCACAUCAAUAAGGAAACAUCAUUCAGGAGACAAAGAGUCUGUCUCUGAUGAGGAGAAAUGAUAGCAAAUCAAAAGUGCCACAUAUAAUUGUAGAAUAUGGUACUUGGCAGCAAUACAUAAUCAAGCAAUUAGUCCUAAAGACAACAAGCAGACAUUCCUAUUACAGUGACCAGAAAAGAGGAAACAAUUAAUAGGUCUAGUAGCCUUUCCUACCAUCAUAUAGUCAUUUUAGUCAAAAUAUAGUCCCAUCGGUCUGAAUGAUUCAAUAUCAGUAGCCAAAAAUGAGCAAUCUAUUAAAUUUGUAAUUAUCUAAUUUCUUCAGCAUUUGAUACAUAAUAUAGUUAAUCACUCAAAA